AUGCUGGAUCGUAGCCAAACUGUUCUAUCAUUGCUCUUUGGAUGCCUGGUUUGUCUUUUGGGGACCUCUGUUGUAAAUGCAGACGGUCGAGUGUUCGUGUUGGACUUGAGGAACUCCUCCGGCCUGCAGGGCUUCAGAGACGCUGAGCGGGCUUGUGCCUCACGACAUGCCCGCUUGGCAUCAUCAGAGGAGCUCCGUCACGCUGUGGCAGAGUGCUUCUUCUCCCCAUGCACCCGUGGGUGGCUCUACGGAGGCGCAGUGGGGACCACCGUGUGUAAUGUUGUGGGCAGUGCACUGAAAGCAGUUGAUGUGAGAACAGAAAAUGCCACAGAGGACGCGGCACACCUGGACGCCUUCUGCAUCAAAGACAAAGGUGUGCCAUGCGGUGACCCGCCAUCCUUUCCUAAUGCCCGUCUACAGGAGCACUCUGGGUAUGAGUUGGGAGAUGAGCUGCUGUACACAUGUGUGCCGGGUUAUGUAAUGCCCAGUGGACACAAUGCCUUUAGCCUGCUGUGUGACAGCUGUGGAGAGUGGUAUGGACUGGUAGAGAUAUGUGUCAAAGAUGAGACUGAAAGUCACAUAGAUUAUGAGGACAAGUUCACAGAUUCGUAUGGAGAGGAAGAGCGCCACAGCGAGAGACCAGAGGAGGCUCAUGGUGAGGUGUAUGAGGAGGUGCAUGGAGCUUCAUACCCGGAGGGGAAAAUGAGUCAGGAGCAGCAAGAGACGAGCUUCAGUGUCGAAGUGGAGGAGGAGCAUCAAGACCAACAUAGAGAACAUGAAGUGGAAGGAGAGGUGAUUAGUAGAAAAUUGGAAGGAGCUGUAGAAGGAGGAGAAAAAGACGGGGAACGGGCUGUUGAGGACAUCAUAGGCCAUACGAGGUGGGAGCAGGAGAGGAGAGACGGGGUCACAACUGUCACAGCUGCAGCCACAGAAGCACCGGUCUCUCUACUCUCCCAGAAACACCUCUUCUGGUUCCCUUCUGAGGCCUUCCCGGAGGACGGGCAGCCUGUCUCCACCAAUCCAGUCACACAGACUACACAGAGGGCCUCAGGCGCCCAAUCAGAGGAGAGCAAAGAGCACGAGAGCCAAGAAAGGCACCAGCAUCCAGUUGAUGUUCAUGACCAUGAUCGUGAGCCAGACAGCUACGAUCCUCAUGAUGCUGAUGAUCGAGAUGAUCAUGAUGACAGCAAUCAUGACGACCAGGAUGCCCAUGACGACAGUCACCAUGAUGAUCAAGAUGACCAUGACAGUCACCAGGACGAAGAUGACCGUGAUGAUCAUGUGAAACAUUACAUUCCAGCUCAGCAUGAUGAUCUGGAUAGACGGGACCACCACGACAAUCAUGACGAUCAUGAUGACCAUUAUGACAUGGGUGAACAUGAAGAGGAGCGUGAUCGAAUUCGCUACGGCAGCGAGGACUAUGAUGAUCGAGAUGAUACUUACGACGAACAUGAAAGCUAUGAAGAUCAUGAAGAUGUGACUGACGAUCAUGGUGAGGAUGAUCAAGAACAUCCUGAUGGCUCCAAGGAGCAUCCAGACCCUGAUGAUCAUGAUGACGAAGGCGAAGAGCUGGUGGAGGAUAACGACCGUUAUGCUGAUCACAAUGCUCAUGAGCACGAUGAUCAUGACCGCUACGACCAUCAUGAUAGCCAUGAAGAUGUUGAUGACGGUCAUCAGCAUGUAAUCAUUUCUAUAGCAACAGAUGAACGUCAGAAUGUCACUCAGAAGGGAGAAGGAGGAAAGGCCACCACCGAUGAGACCUGGUUGGACGGCUACCCUGUCGUUGCAGAGGAAACUGAAAAUGGGGACUCCACAACAGAAAGGGUAAGACCAGAGGAUAGCGAAAGGGGGACAGUUGUCAGGACAACAGACAGACCCAAUGAGGUGGAAAUUCGGAGACCUGUCCCUUACACCGCCUUACCAGAGGUCUCAGAGUCUCCCACCACAGACCCUGCCUUAGAGCAAGGGGGAGUGGAGGAGAUGUGGCCCGGCUUCAUCCCCACCGCUGCUCCCCUCCCUGACCGCUCACAGCCCUCAGACUCCCCCUCAUACUCCGACCCCCUGGACUACGACACACAGCAGGCAGCUCCAACCCAAUCCUGGCUUGGUGACCUCACUGAGCACCCGUUAAUCAAUCAGGACCCAGCUGGACCGGUGCUGGACAACGGUGACAUCCUGGAGGAGCACACUGUGCACAACCUGCCCGGUGAGGCCGGCGAGAGGGGUGAGAUGGAGGGAGAGAUGGGGGAGACGAUCUGUACAGGUGAGAACUGCCCUCCCCAUCCUCCGAGCUCCUCCCGCCGAGGUCCCACAGUGGCGGCCAUAAUUGCGGCGAUGUGUGUGAUCGUCGCAGCUGUAAUCGUCGGGGUGUGGUGUUACCGACGGCAGCAGCAGAAGAGCUCCAUGUACGAGAUGAAUGGGAAGGGCCAGAGUCAGACCAGACAGGGCCAACAGAUAGAGAUGCAGCAAAAAGUGUAAGAGCGAUAGAUAAGGAAAGAGGGACGCUGAAGAGGACAG